AGCGGUACGAAAACAGGCCAACAGGAAACGGAAGUCGGGAAGUCGGAAAGUCGGAAAGUCGGAAAGUCGAGAAAACGCGUCCGCCGACGCCAAACCGUUUCUGCCGUUUCGAGUGCGCGUCAUUCAGUUGCAGUCCCAAGAAAGUAAUAAGAGAAAUUCAAAUCACCGACGGCGGCCAGUUAGUUAGCGAAAAUCACCUUGGCAACAUUUUUUUACUGUGAUUUUUUUUGCUCAGUUUCGGUCCAAACGCGUUUGCAUCCAAUCAAUUCAAUCCGAAAAAUCAGAAACUAACCGGCCAACAAAGGAAUCUCUUGUUUGGAAUAGAAAAUCGGAAGUGCAGUGAAAGUCGAAAGAAAGCAAGAAGAAAGUAGAGAGUAGAGAGAAGAAAGAGCGCCUUCGCAUUCGAGCGGGCGCAGUGCAUUUGAUUUGAUCUGUUGAUGUCCUGCAUGCAGGACACGCGCUAAAGCUGUCCCAGUAAGUGCUUCAAAAUUUACUCGCCAACCACUUUCGACGCCUCCAGGGCGUUCAAGCUGGAGGAGGAUUUCGUCGGCGGCUGCAUGACAAUGUCGAUGUACUCGACGACGGAUAAAAUGAAAAUGUCAGCGCCCAGUUGUUUUCCAGGACGCUACAGUCCCUCCUAUCGAAGUUCGGAGCAAAUGCGACGCUGCAUGCCAAAUCCAUCUAUUCACAUCUCGUCAUCUUGCGAUUCUCUCGAGAGUCGUUUGUUAGAAGAUGCUUCCCUAUUAUGCAAUUCGUGGUCAGCACGUCAGAAUGGUGAUAUCUUCGCGGGCAUCAACGACGGCAUCCUCAGCAGAGCGGAGGCCCUGGCCGCCGUCGACAUCCAGAAGCAUCAAGCCCAGCAUGUACAUAGCCAAAUGCCCUCCCAAAUCAAGCACGACGUCAUGUACCACCAUCACUCCAUGAGUGGGCCCCCGCAACGUCCUCUGCAGAUGCACCACUCGAUGGACCAGCUGGACAUGCUGGACCCGACGGGCUCGAUGACCACGCUGGCGCCCAUCUCGGAGUCGCCGCUGACGCCCACACACCAACACCUGCACGGUUCCUAUCACAGCAUGAAUCACAUGAUGAGCCACCACCAUCCGGGCACGUUAAGUGGCCACACGGGGGGUCACCAUGGACACUCGGCGGUACAUCAUCCUGUUAUCACGGCGGCGGUGGCAGCCGCUGGCCUGCAUCCCGACACAGACACCGAUCCUCGCGAGCUGGAGGCGUUUGCGGAGCGCUUCAAGCAGCGGCGCAUCAAGCUGGGUGUCACGCAGGCGGACGUGGGCAAAGCCCUGGCCAAUCUCAAGUUACCUGGCGUCGGAGCGCUGUCGCAGAGCACGAUCUGUCGAUUCGAGAGCCUGACGCUGUCGCACAACAACAUGAUCGCCCUGAAGCCCAUCCUGCAGGCGUGGCUCGAGGAGGCCGAGGCGCAGGCGAAAAACAAGCGGCGCGACCCGGACGCGCCCAGUGUCCUGCCGGCGGGCGAAAAGAAAAGAAAAAGGACUUCCAUUGCGGCACCUGAAAAGCGCUCCCUGGAAGCCUACUUCGCCGUCCAGCCGAGGCCGUCCGGUGAGAAAAUCGCUGCCAUUGCCGAAAAGCUGGAUUUGAAGAAAAACGUGGUGCGCGUCUGGUUCUGCAAUCAACGUCAAAAACAAAAACGUAUAGUUAGUAGUGUAACACCCUCAAUGACUGGCCACGGUUCGGCGGGAUUUGGAUACUGAUAGUCGUUUAUGACGGCGGCAGCGGGAGCGGCGGCAGCGACCACAUUGGGAACGGCGGCGACAUCGGCGUGUCUGGGCGACUAUUACCUUUAGUGAUUCUUGCGGUUCUGGUCUCGGUCCUGGUUCUGGUUCUGCUUCUGAUCCGAUCCGGUCCGAUCCGAUCCUGAAACCGAAUCCGAAUCCGAAUCCGAAUCCGUUUCCGAUUCCGAUCCUGGUCCCCACACUGAUACUGAUCCUGACUCUGAUCCUCAACCUCGAACAAUAUAGUACUCCUCGCAACGAAUCCGGUUGCGAUGCAGAAGCGGCAGCAGCACCACCAUCACCACCACCACCACCACCACCACCACCCAACCAUCAUCGCGACCACGGCAGCAACAACCACUUCUCUCUAUAUCUUUCACUCAGUAAUCAACCAGCAGCGGCUCGCAAUCGCCCGCAAAUAAUACUAAUAAUAGCAGCAUUACACACCACAACUAUAACAUUUAUACACCUUCUGCAGAGAUAUAUGUCCCCCGUUCUUCACCCAAACCCAGUCCCCUCCCCACAAGAAACCAAGAAGCCAAUUGAGAGAACUCGAGCAUUACCCAACAUCGAUUGCGAAAAGUGCGAAACGAGAAUGCUAAAUGAAUACCAAGAAAUACAAGAAUUUUUUAGGAACGAAUAAUGAAACAAUGGACCAACACAUCAAAUGCAAUAAUUUAUCGAAUUGUAUAAGAAAAAAGAACAAAAACGAGCAAAAAAAGCGAAGAACAAAUUGAAAUGAUAAAUCAAUUGAACACGGGCCUUCCCCCUCCAAAAGAGAAUCCCCCAACUGCUACUGCCCAAAGACAAGGAUACACAGGACAACACACUCACGGAUGCAGAUACAGACACAGACACAGAUACAGAUACAGAUACAGACACAGACACAGAUACACGCACACAGAGACAGAGACACUCAAAGACCAAAAGAAUGCCAAGAAAUUGCUUCAAGUGAUCCGAUAAUAAGAAUCUAAGCUUAUAAAUCUAAGGAAAAGGCAAACCGAAUGUGGACGAGCCGGCAGGAAGGCGAUGGACAGGAGCAGCAGCAGCAGCAGCAGCAGCGUCGGAAAUUGCAGCCGCAGCAGCAACAUGGGUUGCAUGUUGCAAGUUGCAGCAGCAGCAACCACUACACACAUGGCCCCCACCCCCGCACACACGCCCCCUCCUCCGCCCCUAGAACACGAGCGAUAUGCAUUAGCCACUGUAUAUAUACUAUAUACACAUGUAGGGAACUUUGAUUCGAUUGUAAAUACCGCAGCAAUAUAUGCAACACACCCAAACACCCACACACCCACUGUAGCCAAAGGAAGCCAGAAACAAAAAGAUUUUCAGCUAGCUUACAGUAGAGCUCCCAGCCAAAGCAAACUAAUCCUAAGUCCCAGAUGCCUGAUCCCUAAUCCCCUUCCCGAUUUGCCCCUGCCAAAGGACACUCUCCCCAAACAAGCAGCUAAGCAAAGGCAUAAUUUAAUUUUUUUUGUCUAAUUAUAAGUAAACUAAUGCAAGAAGAUAUCAUAAAACUAUGAACAAAAAUCCGGAGAGAAGCGCUCCCAAAAAAAAAUGUUAGCAGCAACUGGAGAUAUUGCAACGAAUUUAAAAUGUUGCCAAACUAAACUAAACUAAUGCAGAAGAGAAACCAAAUCAUAUAUAAAUAAAAGCAAACAACUCUAUGACAACU